AUUUCAGCUGUCCUUUGCUUUUUGCUUUUAUGAUUCUGACUGCCUUCAUAUUUUUCAGCUCAAUUUAGAAUCAAUCAAAUUGUUAGCUAGUAAGACAGGUGCCUUCAUUCCUUUUAUUCUUUAUAAUUUAAGUCGUAGGAUUAUUCGGAAAAACCUUUCAAGCUUUUUAACUGUUUGUUCACAUCACUAUACCAACGAAGCCGAUGUUUGGAAGCGUCCAAAAUCAACAAACAGUUGAAUACUUUUUGUAACCAAAUCCUACAACUGAUUUCCAUCCAUUAUGGAUUGAAUAGGAAACAAAUCGUCUCUCCUCGUACGUUGAUUGAGAAUACAAAGAAAGUUAUUUUACUUUGAAAUUUGAGGUCGGAGCCACAUUACACAAAAACGAGCUGUAUUUGGUUUUUAUCUGUCAUUACAACAAUUUAGAAGUUUUUUUAAAGCUACUGAAAACUGCUUACUACAACUAACAAAACCAAGAGUAGUUUGCUAAUCAUCUCGCGAGAUGCGACUGCCGGCCGACAACGGUAACCAGUUUACUCUGGCGUACAAAAGUGGGGAAACACCUGCCCCCGUGGUGAACAAACAACCCCCACCCCAGCAGAGGAGCUACAAUGGGGCCCCUCCCCCUCUUAUGGGAUUGGGGGGAGCUGGAGGAUAUCAGCAGAUGCACCUGCGCAAAAUCGAAGAUCGGUUUAGACCCCUAAAGCACUUAGAAAGCAUGAUGAGUCCUCUUACUUACCGAAACAGUAGGAGUCAGUCGUUGUCGACCAUCAGUGCCGAUAAGUCGUUUGCUAAGCGAACUUAUUGCACCACUAACCUGGUCGAACAACGCAAUAUUGAAGCUAAGAGAGGUGGUGAGAAGAAGAACUCGCUCGGGGGAGCAGCUGGAGCUUCUGAGAGACGACUGAUUGGUCCAAAUGGAGAGGGGGACAGUCUAUCCCUCAGUUCGGGUCUCACUCCCAAGCCCAUGUCCCCACAAGCAAAAAACAAAAAAGGGUCCAAGACUCCCAAAGGGACAGCUGCCCUGGACAGAGACAAAACAUACUUUCCAUUUGGGAAACCAGGCAGUGGGGCGCCUAUCACAGACUCAAACACGGGCAAAGUGAAGACACUGCUGAACGGAAAGUUCCGACAGGACUAUUACUGUCUGGACAACAAAGACCAGCAGUCGAAUGUGAAGAGACGGCGGGAGCUUCUGGACGAGCAGAGGAGAGAUAUUAGUCAAGCAGAAUGGAAGCGGCGAGAGAUGGCGAGGGAGAUGCGGAAUGCACCUGGCAGCUCAGUGGACUUGGUGGAGAAGAUCAGGUCUUUCAAUGAGAGGUAUCCCCCCGCACCCACUUCGAGGGGGUCCUCCGACAUCACCAGGAAGCACUUUGACAUAAGAUACGCAGAUCCCCAGACUUCUAGACUGUACAGUGAGGAACUGGAUCGCCAGUUCCUCCAGAAACAGUUCGAGAGGUUCGAACGGGAAGUGAAAACUCACAGAGACGAGAGGGAGCAUGAGCACGCGAUGAAUUCGUACUUCUGGAAACCAGACGGUCACGGAGCUCCCUCCCCCUACCGACCAGCCGGCAACAGAAGAAUGAAUCUCGGGCAGUCACUUUACCCCAACCCAAACGGAUCCACAUACCAGAAAAUAUUUCACCCUAUAAGAAAGUCAAACUCAGAGACGAAUGUCUCGAAACCCCUCGCUUCUCCGAGAGAAAACAACUUGUUCUGGUGGAUGGACACGCCCCCAACUGUCGACUACAAGCUGACAGCUCCAUUUGCAACCUCCAGUGAAACUUUUUAGAGUCCAAAUUUUUAUCCGCAAACUGAAUUUGCUGAAAAUAGAGUUGCCAAAGUUGUAGAGUGUAGAUAUAAAUUUUCAAUUUAAAAUGUAACCUCAUUCAGAUUUCCCUUAUGUAGUGUUUAAACUUGCAGACU